AUGGUCCUCCACCUGCUGGGCAAAAAGUCCUGGAACGUCUAUAACAAAGAUAAUAUCGACCGCGUGCGCCGAGAUGAAGCAGCCGCUCAAGCCAGAGAGGAAGAGGCCGAGCGUCGAAUGGACCAAGAGGAUGCUGCUCGACGCAUAGCCAUCUUACGAAAUGAAGUUCCACCACCACUGACAGCGCCAUCGCCUCCACCGGGGGAAAGUGCUGCUGCUCGUCCGUCUCGAUAUGUUGAUGACGGUCGAGAUCGCAAACGAAGACGUCUGAGGGGCGAGGAUGAUACCGAUAGGGACAUGCGUCUUGCCAGAGAAGAAGCCGCUAUCGGGGAAGCUGCUCGUGAAAGUUUUAGCCAGAACCAAGGAAGAAGGCGUGAGGACGAUGUGGCCUUGACUGAUCACGCUGGUCAUAUCCAACUCUUCACGCCACCCAAUGAGCGCACUCUGCUAGCUAUCUCUCGCAACGCUGAGGCAGAAGCUGAGAAGGCGAACAAGGCACGUGAGUAUGAAGAUCAGUACACCAUGCGGUUCUCCAAUGCAAGUGAGUACAAGCAGUCGGCAUCUUCGGCACCAUGGUAUGCUUCAUCAAGCAAUCAAGGUUCCAUGGUUCAGGAACCGAGUAAGGAUGUUUGGGGGAACGAGGAUCCGGGUCGUAGGGGAAGGGAGCAAACAAGAUUGACUUCGAAUGAUCCAAUGGCAUUCAUGCAAAAAGCACAGACACAGCUCAAGCAAGCCGAGACAGACAGAGAGAAGUGGAAGAUGCAGAAGGAACGAGAACUGAUAGAGUUGGACCAAGCUGAGAAAGAAGAAAGACGGAGGAGGAGAGAGCGUCGACACAGACGCGGUCACAGAGAGAGAAGCCAAAGCAUGGGCAGUCUUGACGGCUUCUCACUUGAUGAUCAUAACAGAAAGGAAGGAAGAGGCAGCCCCCGCAACAAGAGGAACUUGAACAGGCGGCAUAGAAGCCGAAGUCGAGAUAGAGUCAACAGGCAUGGUUCUUCGCAACGCGAGUCACGCCAAUCACAUCAUCGGCGAUCAAGGAGUCCUAUCAGGCGAAGAAUAGUCUGA